AUGCCUGCCAUAGUCAACCUCCUCUUCAACGUCAUCUCCACCAAUACCACCAUCUCCUUUAGAGCGGUGCUGCCCAUGUUUAGCCUGGUCUCUCUCCUGGUGGGGGUCGGAGGUCACCUCCUGCUAUGGUUGGUUCUGGUGAGAAACCCUCGCAGUCGCUCCAAGCCAAGCUCUGUCCUGCUACUGAACCUCAGCCUGGCAGACCUGGGCGCCCUGCUCACCCUGCCAUGUGUCCUGCUCAGUGCCAGCUUUCUGGACUGGCAGCUGGGUGGAGGGACUUGCGUCCUGCUGGGAUUCAUGACCUCAGUGACAGCAGGAGUGGAAAUCUUCAGCUUGGCAGCAUUGUCUGUGCUAAGGUAUCGCAUUGUCGCACCUUGGACAAGACCACCUGCUAAUUUAACAAAAGUGUAAGUAUCAGACAGAUCAAUAGUUGAUAUGGCAGGAGGUUGAUCACUGUGAGUGGAUGGAUCAGGUAUGGUAGAACGAUAGUAUGUGCACCACUGUGUGUUUACAUGUAAGGUUUAUGCAACUCUGAAUUAUGAAAUCACACCAGGACACUAGUAUAAAGUCAUAUGAGAUCAAAAGUUUUAUCAUUCUCAUCGAUACCAUUCACAACUAGAGCAGGUGCUUCUGUUUUCAUGUCUGUUGACAUAACCUAAAAGAGUAAUUAACAAAUAAGGAGACAAACACUUAUGGGUGGGUGUUUGGUAGACUUUCAGAUGUGCUGGUGACACCCACUUGUGUGAGCAAGAGAAGCACAUACAGGUAACUAAUAAGCAUACGAUUCAAAAAGUGAGCGUGUGUACUAUAUGGGUCCAGAGCAGGAUACACUCAUUCAUUCGUUCUGUACAGAGCCCACAAAUGGUUCUUUAUUAAUCCAGAUGGGCUAGCCUAACAUGUUUCUCAAUGGAAUUGACAGUUGCCAGUAAGGAUCCUGAAUGUCAGCCUAAGUGUUAACACAGGUACAGGAUAUUUUUAGCUUGCAUCGUGUCAGUUUGUAUUUAUUUUAUGUGCUUGUGAUUAUCAAGGUUGGAGAGUUAAGUUAAGUCAGGGAUACUAAGCCAGUGGUUACAGAAAAGAGAGUCCUCAUGAGGUGAGACAAUUUAGCCCAAGAAUAGUUAAGAGUGGAUAUUUCAUACAACCAGAAGCUAACUAUGCAUGUUUCGGCUUAUUACCCAGCUAUCAAAGACACCAACAAGUUGAGAUUGAGUAUUGAUCCCAAAAUGAUUUUAUUGAUUUUAUUGAAUUAUAGUAUUUAAAUGUAUUUAUUUAGUUAGUUAGUUAGUUUUUGUUUUCUGCAGUCCCUUGGUUUUGGUUUUGGUGUUUGGCAGCACUUUAUUGGUAAACCACCUCACUUGAAUCUUACUGGCUCACUUUUGGGUCAAAUGAAUAUUAAACUAAAAAAACUCAUUCACUGUAAAGUUUGCAUCUUUUCGUUGGCAUUCUUGACAAAUUCUGAGAAUAACAUUCACACCUGGCAGAUCUCAUUUCUUAAAACUGUUAGAGUGUGUUGACAUUUUCUUUUCAAUUACUCGUGCCAAAACCCAUACAAUGAUGUAGCUGGUGGUUGCUUGAUGUCUGUUUUCCUCAGUUUGAUUGAUGUUUCUUUCACAGAGCUCCUUUCAUGUUUCAACAUCUCAUCUCUUUCUUAAAAAAAAGACAACAAAUUACAAAUAUUUUUAAAAAAGUCCUCUUUAUUGUUCAUUGAGGCUUUUGGAUAGUAAAGUUUUUGCUGACAAGGAGAGGUGAAAACAGCAGUGAAAAGAUGUGCUGUGGCUCUUUUUCGUAGAUUUACUUGAUAUGUGCGGCAUGAUAUUCUCUCUAGUAUCACUUUUACUAUGAGAACUCAAUCAAUCAAAUUCAAAUUUUAUUUAUAUAGCGCCAAUUCACAACAGUCGUCAUCCCAAGACGCUUUCCAAAGAACAAGAGCAGGUCUAGACCACACUUAUUGUUGGAUAAAUUAUCAAGACCCAACCUAAGAUGGGAUUUGGCCCAUCUCAUCUAACAUGAGUGACAGAGGCAAGGAAAAACUUCCUUUUAACAGGCAGAAACCUUGGGCAGGACCAGACUUAUGUUAGACAGCCACCAAGCCGCUGCUGGGUUGGAGAGGAAUACAGAGAGAUAGGGGGAGAGAAAGAGAGAUAGAGGAGUUGAGAGAGGGGAGGGGGAGAGAAAGAGAACAAGAUAGAGGGAGGGAGAGAAUAGGUAAGGGAGAGGGAGGGAGAGAGAAUAGACAAUGAGGGUGAGAGGGAGAGACAGGGGACAGCAGCAAACUGGUAACCAUUGCCAGGUAAUUCAGGAUUUACUUAAUUUCAAGCAUCAAAAAAGAAGCAAAUACAAAUCAGCUACAACAUAACUGAUUAGAAAUCUUAGUAAUGUGCAUAGAUGUCAUCUGCAGUCUCUUUUACUUGCUGUUCCUAAAGGACAAGUGCUGACCAUGCUGAACUUAACAAUUCUUUAGACAGAAACGAGUCUGUGACACUAUCAACAAGACAAUCAUCUUAAACAGGUGAUUCAGUGAUUCUCUUAUCUAAUAAGAUGUUCACGUGCCUGUAAACAAUGCCUGAUUCAAUCUCAGCACACACAACAGGAAUGCCAGAGAAGCAUAAGCAGUCUUCAAUAUCACAGGUCAAUGCAGACAUCAUAGAUUAAAUUGUUGGCUUAUCCGACAUAAUUAGAUUCUCAUGACCCCUCCAAUCAGCCAAAACUCUACGUUUUCUUGCAGUAUUUGUCAACCUCCCAGCAUAGAUGUGACCCUGCUGCAGAGUAAAUGAUCCUCUCUGUCCUUGUCCUUCUCAGGUUUUGCUCUGUUGUCAUCAUAUGGCUGGUCUCAGUAACCAUGGCAUUACCCAAGGUCACCUACAUCAACUUUGAUGGGGGUUGCACUUGGGCAGUAAGUCGUGAUGAGUGGCUGUUCUUCCUGGUUCCUGCGUUCCUGGUGUAUUACGUGGCUCCUCUGCUCUGCAUCGCAGUCAACUGCGGCCUCAUUAUCUCUCACCUGCACGGUUGCAGGAGGACUCUGGCUGCGGACAGACGCAACAAGAAGGCCACUGCUCUACUGAUUGCCUCCACGCUGGUGUUUGCUCUCAGCUGGUUGCCGUAUUAUGCACUUGAGUUUGUUAACGUCAUGUCACCUCAUGUGAGCUCAGUUGCUUCUCCUAUUAGGAGAGUAAAUGGACGUAAACUAACAUCAACUUUGUCCCCGUCAUAUUUAUCUUUCUCCUCUCCUGAGCCGACAGAGACAACACAAAUAAGGGUCUCCUUACUGUGGGAAGUGGCAUCCCUAUCUGCCAUAUUAUUAGUGUGUUUUGCUCCAUGCUGGAACCCGCCACUCUACUUCCUUCUUUCGAGUCCAGCUGUGCGUCAGCUCCGGGCUCUGCUGCCUUCGUUCUUCCAUAAACAUUUUAGGAAAAAGCCUGUGCAGCGAUGGCGUAUUGCUCCUGUUCCUCCUCCUCCCGCUCCUCCUUGCCUGCCACACCCUCAGCUGUCUGCACCCACACUCUCUCACCAAACUCUGACACACAGGCUGACUCAGUUAAGAUAG